AUGAAAGUGAUGGAUAAGAAUUUAGGGUUAGAGGAGGUUCAGAAACUUGAAGGUCACACUGAUCGUGUUUGGAACGUCGCCUGGAAUCCCGCCGCUGACGGUGUUAUUGCUUCCUGCAGUGCCGAUAAGACCGUACGAAUCUGGGAGCAGAGUUCUCUUACUCGUUCCUGGACCUGCAAGCUUGGUCACCGUCUGGGAAGUUUCGAUGGCAAUACUUGCGUUUGGGAAAAUUUUGCUACUGACUCCGAGUCUGUCUCUGUUUUACGGGGACAUGAAAGCGAAGUCAAAAGUGUAUCAUGGAAUGCAUCUGGUUCGUUGCUUGCAACUUGUGGUAGAGACAAGUCUGUCUGGAUUUGGGAAAUACAACCAGAGGAGGACGAUGAAUUUGAUACUAUUGCAGUGUUAACUGGUCAUUCAGAAGAUGUUAAGAUGGUCUUGUGGCAUCCCACCAUGGAUGUUUUGUUCUCUUGCAGUUAUGAUAACACUAUCAAGAUUUGGUGCUCUGAGGAUGAAGAUGGUGAUUAUAAUUGUGUACAAACCUUAAGUGAACUUAACAAUGGUCAUUCUUCUACCGUCUGGAGUAUCUCUUUUAAUGCUGCAGGGGACAAGAUGGUCACUUGUAGUGAUGAUCUAGCAGUGAAAAUAUGGAAGACAGAUAUUUCAAGGAUGCAAUCUGGUGAAGGAUAUGUACCCUGGACUCAUGUUUGUACACUCUCUGGUUUUCACGAUCGUACCAUAUAUUCAGUUCAUUGGUCAAGGGACGGUGUUAUUGCUAGUGGAGCAGGCGAUGAUACUAUACAGUUAUUUGUGGACAGCGACAGUGACUCUGUAUGCCCUUGUCCCUUUUACCUAUAAUCACAAAUCCCUCUUUUAGUAUCAUUUAGAAAAUAUCAUUAACCAUAUCUUGUCCGGUUUACUUCUUGGCAUAUGCUCUGUGUCAUCAUUGUAGCACAACACAAGAAACCAAAGCUCAUGGUUGAUGGACCUUCAUACAAACUUUUGGUUAAGAAGGAGAAAGCACAUGAAAUGGAUGUAAAUUCGGUCCAAUGGGCACCUGAUAAGGAAAGCCGGUUGCUUGCCUCGGCCAGCGACGAUAAAAUGGUUAAGAUUUGGAAACUUGCCUCGGAGCCAUGACCAGACGGAUACAUAUUCUUUUAAUUUGUUGGUUUCUAACUUAGUUAGAAUUUCUAUUUCAUUGUUUAAGUAGGAGGAAUGUGUUCUCUUAGUUAGAUUUUCCUUUAGUAUACACAGAGAUGCAGCUUUGCUUGUCAAAAACUAGAGAAAGGAUAUCUCUAUUUAAAUUAAAAAGGGUCGCCUGAAUUUUCAGCCCUAUACUAACAUUCCACCCUAAAUUUUUAGCCACUUGAAAAACCACCAUAAACAAUUUUAAUCUCGAUAAAACUACAUGUACUUUCGGAUUUGUUCUUAAAACUACGCCUCCAAUUGAACCGACCAGUUAACCGAUAAUUAUACAUCCGGUUUGACU